UAUUACGAUAGAUGUCGUAGCGAAUGGCGUAGUAGCGUGAGGAACAAAGGAAGUUGAAAUUUUAGAUUUGGUGUCGGCUUGUUAACAAUUUUUUCUUGUGUCAAUUUAUUUAUAUUUAAUUAUAAUUAGGUGGAACCAAUUCUGUUCUAUCGUCUAUUUAAUCGUAAAUAAGAAGAAAAAAAGAAACAUUAGUAACACAAUAUUAGUAUUAUUACAAUGGUGGAUCGAGGUGGAAUGAGAGGUAUGAGACCAGGACGAGGACGAGGAGGUACUAAUACCUUCAGAAGUGAACGCGAUAAUGAUUGGAGGAAUCCUAAAGCAAUUAACGAAGAGUCACCUGGUCAUGGUGGUGGUGGAGGUGGAGGGUAUGUUGCCGGUGGUGGUGGCGGUGGUCCUGCUAAUUAUGGAGGAGGAUUUAAUAGUUAUAGAGGAGGUUCCAAUAAAGGCUAUUUUACUGGUGGUGGUGGUCAUGGAGGUGGAUAUGGAGGUGGCGGUGGUUAUGGUGGUGGUGGCCGUGGUUAUAGUGGAAAUGGUAGCUCAUAUCAUCAUCAAUCAAAUGCUUCAUAUAACUUUAGUUAUAAUCAACAUGACUCAAGCGCCUGGACUCAUUUACAACCUAAAAAUGAUAUGCUUGAAAGAAGUUUAUUUGGUGAAGGUCACACUGGAAUUAAUUUUGACAAGUAUGAAGAUAUACCUGUUGAAAUGUCUGGUGCUGAAUGUCCUGAAAAUGUUGAAAGUUUUAAAGAUAUCGAAUUUACUGAAAUAGUCCGUAAUAACGUUGAACUAGCCGGUUAUACAAGACCUACACCAGUUCAAAAAUAUGCUAUCCCUGUAAUCUUGAAGAAAAGAGAUUUAAUGGCCUGUGCACAAACUGGUUCCGGUAAAACUGCUGCUUUUUUGGCACCAAUUCUUAAUAUGAUCUUUGCUAAUGGACCUCCAAGAGAUAUGCCACCUUCACGAUCUGGUUCUAAGAUAAAACAAUAUCCAUUGGCUUUAGUUCUUGCCCCUACUCGUGAACUUGCUGUACAGAUAUACGAUGAAGCUUGUAAAUUUGCUUAUAGAUCAUGUGUCAGACCUUGUGUUGUUUAUGGUGGAGCUGAUCCGGUCGCUCAAAUGAGAGAUUUAGACAAAGGAUGCCAGGUUUUAGUAGCAACUCCUGGUAGAUUGAUUGAUAUGACGGAAAGAGGUAAAGUUGGACUGGAUAUGGUUAAAUAUCUAGUUCUAGAUGAAGCUGAUCGUAUGUUGGAUAUGGGUUUUGAACCUCAAAUUCGUAAAAUUGUUCAACAAGAUACCAUGCCGCCGGUCGGUACACGUCAAACUCUUAUGUUUUCAGCUACUUUUCCAAAGAAAGUUCAAGAACUGGCUCGUCAAUUCCUUGACAAUUAUAUCUUCUUAGCUGUUGGUAGAGUUGGUAGUACCUCUGAAAAUAUUACACAAAAAUUUUAUUGGGUCGGUGAAUUAGAAAAAAGAUCAAUUCUUUUAGAUAUUCUUACAGCCGAUGGAUUAACAAACUCCGAUCCUCCAGCCUCUGAUUCAUUGACAUUGGUAUUUGUUGAGACCAAAAAGGGAGCUGAUUCCUUAGAAACUUUCUUGGACCGUGAAGGAUAUCCAGUAACAAGUAUUCACGGUGAUAGAUCUCAGAGAGAGCGUGAAGAAGCAUUAAUGUCCUUUAAAACAGGUCGAACACCGAUUCUAGUGGCUACCGCUGUUGCUGCUAGAGGACUUGACAUACCCAAUGUGAAACAUGUUAUUAACUUUGAUCUUCCAACUGAUAUUGAGGAAUAUGUUCACCGUAUCGGACGUACCGGAAGAGUUGGUAAUUUAGGUACUGCGACUUCAUUUUUCAAUGAGAAAAAUAAAAACAUGGCAGCAGAUCUAGUUGAUCUUCUAACUGAGGCUAAACAAGAAAUACCAACAUGGUUAACGACUCUCGGUAAAGACGUACAAAGUGAACAAAGGAGCUCUAAUCAAAGAAAAUAUGGACAAAGAAGAUUCGGUGCCGGUGGUUUCGGUUCUCGUGAUUAUCGUCAAUUUGAACGAGGGGGUGUUCGUUCAAAUGGUCCAAGUAGAAAUGUCUCAAAUGUUCCCUAUGGAAGUAACAAUUUUGCUGGCUACAAUGGAGCUGCUCCUCCUCCUCAACAACCACAACAACAGGGUGGCUCAUACAUGGGCUAUCGUGGGGGUAAUUCAUACGGCGGUAAUUACAAUUCAGGAACUGACUGGUGGGGGGGUUCUUAAACUUAAUUCGUAAUUUUUUGUAACACAUAUACAAACACACUAACAAAACUACACAACACAAACAACAACAACACACACACACAACACAACACAACACACACUCUCUCUUUCUCUCUAUCUCUUGAAAUGACAAUUGAAAAUUGUCAAAACUCCUUUUGAUUGUUUCAAUCAUUGAAACAGUCAAAACAAUGAUAAUAAUAAUUAAUUAAUCUAAAAACAAAACAAAAAAGAAAUCAACACGUAAAAACGGAUUAUCUCAAAAUGAGGAUUUUGAAUACAAGUAACAAACAAAACAAAACAAACAAUUAACAAGAUAACUGAUCAAUCCGAAUGAAAAAAAAAACGAAAUCAUAUCUGAGUCAAAAUAAACUAUUUAUACUUUA